AUGUGGCCACCACGGCCGAUACUGCCCCCGGCCGCCUCCACCAGUAGGGUCCUGGCGCUGCCCCCGGCCGCCUCCACCAGUAGGGUCCUGGCGCUGCCCCCGGCCGCCUCCACCAGUAGGGUCCUGGCGCUGGCCCCGGCCGCCUCCACCAGUAGGGUCCUGGCGCUGCCCCCGGCCGCCUCCACCAGUAGGGUCCUGGCGCUGCCCCCGGCCGCCUCCACCAGUAGGGUCCUGGCGCUGGCCCCGGCCGCCUCCACCAGUAGGGUCCUGGCGCUGCCCCCGGCCGCCUCCACCAGUAGGGUCCUGGCGCUGCCCCCGGCCGCCUCCACCAGUAGGGUCCUGGCGCUGCCCCCGGCCGCCUCCACCAGUAGGGUCCUGGCGCUGCCCCGGCCGCCUCCACCAGUAGGGUCCUGGCGCUGGCCCCGGCCGCCUCCACCAGUAGGGUCCUGGCGCUGGCCCCGGCCGCCUCCACCAGUAGGGUCCUGGCGCUGGCCCCGGCCGCCUCCACCAGUAGGGUCCUGGCGCUGGCCCCGGCCGCCUCCACCAGUAGGGUCCUGGCGCUGGCCCCGGCCGCCUCCACCAGUAGGGUCCUGGCGCUGCCCCCGGCCGCCUCCACCAGUAGGGUCCUGGCGCUGCCCCCGGCCGCCUCCACCAGUAGGGUCCUGGCGCUGGCCCCGGCCGCCUCCACCAGUAGGGUCCUGGCGCUGCCCCCGGCCGCCUCCACCAGUAGGGUCCUGGCGCUGCCCCCGGCCGCCUCCACCAGUAGGGUCCUGGCGCUGCCCCCGGCCGCCUCCACCAGUAGGGUCCUGGCGCUGCCCCCGGCCGCCUCCACCAGUAGGGUCCUGGCGCUGGCCCCGGCCGCCUCCACCAGUAGGGUCCUGGCGCUGGCCCCGGCCGCCUCCACCAGUAGGGUCCUGGCGCUGCCCCCGGCCGCCUCCACCAGUAGGGUCCUGGCGCUGGCCCCGGCCGCCUCCACCAGUAGGGUCCUGGCGCUGGCCCCGGCCGCCUCCACCAGUAGGGUCCUGGCGCUGCCCCCGGCCGCCUCCACCAGUAGGGUCCUGGCGCUGGCCCCCGGCCGCCUCCACCAGUAGGGUCCUGGCGCUGCCCCCGGCCGCCUCCACCAGUAGGGUCCUGGCGCUGCCCCCGGCCGCCUCCACCAGUAGGGUCCUGGCGCUGCCCCCGGCCGCCUCCACCAGUAGGGUCCUGGCGCUGGCCCCGGCCGCCUCCACCAGUAGGGUCCUGGCGCUGGCCCCGGCCGCCUCCACCAGUAGGGUCCUGGCGCUGGCCCCGGCCGCCUCCACCAGUAGGGUCCUGGCGCUGCCCCCGGCCGCCUCCACCAGUAGGGUCCUGGCGCUGCCCCCGGCCGCCUCCACCAGUAGGGUCCUGGCGCUGCCCCCGGCCGCCUCCACCAGUAGGGUCCUGGCGCUGCCCCCGGCCGCCUCCACCAGUAGGGUCCUGGCGCUGCCCCCGGCCGCCUCCACCAGUAGGGUCCUGGCGCUGCCCCCGGCCGCCUCCACCAGUAGGGUCCUGGCGCUGGCCCCCGGCCGCCUCCACCAUAGGGUCCUGGCGCUGCCCCCGGCCGCCUCCACCAGUAGGGUCCUGGCGCUGCCCCCGGCCGCCUCCACCAGUAGGGUCCUGGCGCUGGCCCCGGCCGCCUCCACCAGUAGGGUCCUGGCGCUGCCCCCGGCCGCCUCCACCAGUAGGGUCCUGGCGCUGGCCCCGGCCGCCUCCACCAGUAGGGUCCUGGCACUGGCCCCGGCCGCCUCCACCAGUAGGGUCCUGGCGCUGGCCCCGGCCGCCUCCACCAGUAGGGUCCUGGCGCUGCCCCCGGCCGCCUCCACCAGUAGGGUCCUGGCGCUGGCCCCGGCCGCCUCCACCAGUAGGGUCCUGGCGCUGCCCCCGGCCGCCUCCACCAGUAGGGUCCUGGCGCUGGCCCCGGCCGCCUCCACCAGUAGGGUCCUGGCGCUGGCCCCGGCCGCCUCCACCAGUAGGGUCCUGGCGCUGCCCCCGGCCGCCUCCACCAGUAGGGUCCUGGCGCUGGCCCCGGCCGCCUCCACCAGUAGGGUCCUGGCGCUGCCCCCGGCCGCCUCCACCAGUAGGGUCCUGGCGCUGGGCCCGGCCGCCUCCACCAGUAGGGUCCUGGCGCUGGGCCCCCGGCCGCCUCCACCAGUAGGGUCCUGGCGCUGGGCCCCCGCCACAGUAUACAACCCCACACAGAUCACCAGCUCAACCCGGUAUUAG